AUGCGUUUUAUUUGGCCCGGACGGGCCUUGUUGAAGUUCUCGCCAACACCUUGUUCUACAACGUCGACGUCGACCAGCAAGACCUUCAACAUGGAUGACGCAUGGCAGUCGCAGGACAUCGCCCCCACCAGCAGCGGUAUCAGCAUUCCGACUGACGCGGGGUUGAACAAUGGCACAGCCAUGAACACGGACGACCAGAACUGGGGUUCCAACGGGAACAGCGGGCGCUCGCCCGGCAGGGACCGCGAGCGCGACCGCAACGGCGAUGCCCCCAGGCGGUCGAGUAGGAGUCGGAGUCCUGGGGCUCCUCGCGGCGGCGGCGGCGGCGACGGCGAACGGGGUCAGAACCCUGGCAAUAACCUCCACGUCUCUGGACUCAGUCACAAAGUUGACACGCGUGACUUGGAGGCGGCCUUCGCAAAAAUUGGCCGUGUCAAGAAGGCUUCGGUCAUGUAUGAUCCUCAUACGCGCGAGUCGCGUGGGUUUGGUUUCGUGACAAUGGAAACUGCUGAAGAGGCUGACGCUGCCAUCACUGCACUUAACUCGGCUGAGUUGAUGGGGAAAAUCAUCAAUGUUGAGAAGGCACGACGUGGCCGUGCCAGGACACCCACUCCCGGAAGGUACUAUGGACCUCCGAAGAGACACGACUUCGAGCGCCCGUACGACCCCAGGCCUUACGAUAGCCGCUACUCUCGCGACACCGACGACCGUCGAGGAGGAGGACGUGGCCGCUACGAUGACCACCGUGGUGGUGGUGGUGGUGGCGGUGGUAGGGAUUACGACAGGUACCGCGAUUAUGACCGUGAUCGGGGGGACCGCGACCGCGACCGUGGCUACGGUCGGGACAGGUUUGAUGACAGGAGGCACUAA